UGGCAUUGAGUGUUUUUAUGAUACACUGUUGGCAGGGAGCGAUGAUUACUUUCCUGAUGAAUGUUAGAGACGAAACAUCAACAGAAACUUUUUUGUUUGCAUUAUAAAGGCAAAGAGGAGGGAAGAUACAUCGCAGUAAGGAUCUUGAUUCGAUGUAAGAUGCUGUGACUGUCUUUCUCUCAUCUGAAGAGAAGACAGGGGAAGGCUUAUCAUCGUGCAGGAUAUACUUAUUCAUCAUCAGUUCCUUUUGAUCUUGGGAACAUUCGAUGUAUACAAGAAGGAGUUUGAAUGACUUUUGGCGAUUUCGGAUAUUGGCUUUGCUUUACCACCAAUAUUGAUGCCUCAUCGAAACUUCUUUUGAUGAACUCAUUUCUACUGACAAGAAGGGCAUAGGCUAGGCCUCUGCUUCACAAUUCCUCGGUGCAAGUCUUGCCUUUUCAACUGAAACGUGUUCAAGAGAAGAAACUCUAGAAAUGUCUGUGAAAACUGCGAGCCAGAUGGAGCCGAACACAGGAGGUCUCUUGGCUCUUGCUCUACAAGAAGGUGGCGAUGAGGACCUACGGGCUAGCAGCCCACCAGCCUUCGAGCCGUCCUUCCGUAUGGACGGGCCUGGACCCCGCAAGUUCCGCGAGCUCGAAGUCGGUAGGCUUGUAGAGGACAUCCUGUCGUCUCAUCUUCAGGAGGAGAUUUACGACCCAGUCCGCUGCAAGCAGCUUUCUCAAGACCUUGCCGGUAAGAUCAACCAGCGGGUCCGGGAGCUCAACUUCCCCCGUUACAAGCUUGUCGCCAUGGUCAGCAUCGGGAGCGUGAGGGAGAAACCUGGGACGCACCUCGGCAGCCGAUGUCUGUGGGAUGACCGCACUGACUCCUCGACUACCGCUCACUUCACUAACGGGUCUCUGUAUGCUGUCGCCAUGGUCUAUGGAUUGUACUUCGCCUGAUUCUCUCCUACGAUGCAGACAGGAUCGAAAGUUACAGGGUCUUAAGUUAGAUGAACACUCAAUGUGGAGACUUUUUACAAUGAUGAAACUACACAUCAAACAGACUAUUUUGAAAAUUGACUGAAAGUUGUUUCUUCAGUCAGAAUUUCAAAUUUGAGUAAUGUGUCAUGUGAUUAAACUUUCAAUUAUACUCAGGAGUCAGUUUUGAUCCUCCUAUACAGUUUGAGGAGGGGAUCGCAGCUCUCAUGAUCUCUGAUUUUACUCCCACUAAAAAAUACGUUUAGUAAUUUCAAUCCUACACGCAAACUUGCUGUAAAUUUACGUUAUUUUAAGAUGAAGCUAAUCAAGAUUCUGUGUACAGGCCAUUGGACUUAAAAUAAUAAUCUCCAACAGCACCGGUUAUACGAAUAACUGGCAUUAUGGUUCCAAACAUUUAACGAAAAUAAUUAGCAUAGGCAGUUCUAAAGUUAUCGUGAAUAAUCUUAAUUUUUGCUAGUUUUGUCAAACUUUAUGUGUCGAUCGAGAUUUCGGUGAAAAUGUGAGAAUUAAAAUACUGACGCUAAAAACAAGUUCACCCCACAAAAACGACGCAUGGAAAACAGGACUACCUGCUUUAUUUUUAAUUCGGUAAUUUUAGUAUAAUUUGGUCAAGAGUAAAUUGUUUUAUGACAAAAAAAGAGACGACGUGACUUUUGUUCUGGUGAAUUCCACAGAUGCUUUUUGUAAUAUUCCGGACAAUAAAUGAGCCAUGACGCAUA